AUGGCCUCGCUACACGCCAUUCCCCCCGUCAACACUGCGCACGGCGCCUCUGGGAAGAAAGCCCGCAAGACACGAUGCGAUCCCGGCCUUCCACGCUGCACGCCGUGCGAACGAACCAACUCCAUCUGCGAAUAUUACGACUCCACCCGUGGCCACAAUGUGAACCGCAACUACGUCGUCUGGCUACAGCACAAAGUACGUGAGUUGGAGUCUGAGCUCGAGCGCGUGGAGAACGAUGAGGCCGAUGAUCCUGAGGCCAUGAUGCGUGCCGCGAGCGUGCGAGUCCACGACACGAAAGAAGGCAAAUACCUGGGCCCGUCCAGUGGAAUUGCCAUCACACGCCUGGUCAUGCAACUGGCCAAGCAGUUCACAGAUUCUAAGAGCAUCAAGGACAUCGUGUCGGAGCAGCGCGCGAGGCAGAUUAAAGAGCUGUAUGCCCAGGAGCAGGCAAAGCCUACGUCCAAAGUGUAUCCCUUGAUCAGCGAUGUGGCCGCGACCGACCUGCCAAAUCGUGCCCUCGCAGACUUGCUGGUGCAAUUGUACAAAUUGAAGGUCCAGCCUAUGUAUCCGGCAUUGCACGAGCCGACUUUGGAUCGCGAUAUCGAGCUCGUCUACUCGGCGCCCGAGCAGGCUUCGCCUUACCAGCAUUUUGUGUGCCGCAUGGUAAUAGCGAUCAGCUUACAGAAGAUGGACACACAAUACGCAGGUCUGGCAGAUAGUUACUAUCUGGCAGCUCUAAAGUUCAUGGAGCGCGUGGUGAAGCCGAUGGACUUGCAAACGCUGCAGUGUUUUGCUCUCAUGGCCGAAUAUUCUCUUCUAACCCCUACGCGCACCGCCAUAUUCUACGUCGUCGGCAUAGCUGUGCGUUUGUUGCAAGCGUUAGGCCUGAACGAAGAGAAGACAAUCACAAGAGGACAACGAGACGGCACUAUCAAUUACCUGGAAAUCGACAUGCGGCGGAGAGUCUUCUGGAGCAUAAUGGUGAUGGAGUAUGGCUUGUCACAUUCUAUAGGUCGUCCUUCCAUGCUUGCCACCAGCCAGGACCAUAUUGAUGUUGGCUGGUUCGAGACUUGCGACGACAAAUACAUCACACCAGAAGGUAUCGACCCUGGAGCACCUCGGCCUACCUUGAAAAAGUGGGUGGCCAUACACUUUUACAAAAUGCGAUUACUUCAACUGGAAAUUCGGCGGAAGCUGUAUCAAUGUAAGCGAACGGAGCCGAAAGACGACAGCGACCCUUGGUUCAUCCGGAUGGAAGCCAAACUCACUGCCUGGAGAGAUGCUGCGCCUUCACAGGACGAGGGCAUUGGGCUUGACAAGAUCUGGUUUAUUGGCCGGUACAAUACGAUGAUUGUCUUCUUAUACAGACCAUCACCACAGGUACCCAGACCGUCUCUUGAUGCGGCCUUGAAGUGCUACGAUGCAUGCGAGUACAACAUCUACAUGCAAAAAGAACAGAUCAUCAAGCGAAACGUUGACCUCACCUGGAUCUUCACACAAUCACUUUUCAUGGCUAUCAACACGAUGCUGUGGACACUGAGCUACGUCGAGGUCCGGCGCAAGUACAAACGCGAAGCAGUUGAGAAGCAUCUUGAUGUCGCUAUGGAUGCCAUUCAGAUGGCGUCUGAGCGAUGGCCUGGCGUGGCAUCGGCCGUGCAGCUGUACCAGAAUCUCAUCACCGCCAUCAUGAAAAUUUACGAGAAGGAAGGCGACAUUCCAAUCUCUGCCUGCACACCUUCAGAUGCAAAUUCACCGGGAUCAAUGUUUCCAGACGCGCACAACCGCUCCCAGGCGACGUCUCCUGCGACGGUUAGCACUCAGUCUGUGCAGACGCCACCAGAGCAGAACAAGCCUCCCUUUGGAUACAUCAAUCAGCAAGCGAGCAGGAGCAUAGAAGAACCACCUCCACUUCCGUACCGGAGCGACGCUAAUCUUAGUAGUAUCGGCACACCCCAAUCACGACAUCAAUCGACGGGUAGCACUGGUUAUGGAAGCUCCGAUUCUGUGCCGACGAUCAACAACAAUAUGCAAUUCAAUCAACAGGCCUACAAUCAAAACGCGCAGUUCAACUCCUUGCCUGAAUUCACACCAGAUUUGACGGUGCCAGGUUGGACAGCACCAAUGCCAGCACCAGUGACCUUUGCAUCGGCGCCAGCACCGGCUCCAGGUGUUCCCAUGCAACCGAUGUAUCCUUACAAUAGCAGUCCGGCAUUCGACCCAGUGGCAGCGGGAUACCCUCCUUACGGCAAUUUCGACAGCAAUAUGGGCGACCAGCAGCAGCAGCAGCAGCAGUACGUGCCACAGUACUGGGACAUGGACUCGGGCGCCUUCGGCGAAGGUCUCACACAAAUGCAACAAGAAGAGUUGAUGCACUCACUGGAGACGGACGGCAUGGAGGACAUUCAGAGUAUGAUCUCGCACACAUUGGCUGCGAUCACGCCCAAAACUGCACAGCAGCCACAAUUUUGA